UCUUCUUCUCAGGAAACCUGGCUAAGUGCGCUAACUGGAAACCUGGACGUGUUUUGGUGGAAGUCUAGCCUGGACAGCCAUGGAUUCCUCAGCCUUGGGAUGUGUUGUGUGAAUGACUCCAGAAGACACGAUUGAGUAGGAUUUACAUACCUAUAUAUAGAUAUAUAUAUAUAUACGAUUACAUUGUGGGGGAGUGAAGAAGGACUGUUGCGGUUAAAAAAAAAAUUAUGGCGGAGACCGAGGAGAGCUUUGCUGUGACCACACCACACAACGACUCUGAACCCAAGGAGCAUUCAACUGAGAGUAAGCAGGAUAGCCAGCCAGGAGCCGGUAACAAAUCCCCCUCCCCGCAUCAAGCCACAUACACUCAACAGGGCAUGGAAGGAAUCAAGGUUUAUUUGCAUGAGCGGGAAUUAUGGUUAAAAUUUCAUGAGGUCGGGACUGAAAUGAUCAUCACGAAAGCCGGAAGGCGUAUGUUUCCCAGUUACAAAGUGAAGGUGACCGGCUUAAACCCUAAAACAAAAUAUAUCCUGUUAAUGGACAUUGUACCGGCUGAUGAUCACCGUUACAAAUUUGCUGACAAUAAAUGGUCUGUGACGGGCAAAGCCGAGCCUGCUAUGCCGGGGAGGUUGUACGUUCACCCGGAUUCACCUGCCACAGGAGCCCAUUGGAUGAGGCAGUUGGUUUCCUUCCAGAAACUCAAACUCACCAACAACCACCUUGACCCAUUCGGGCACAUCAUUCUGAAUUCAAUGCAUAAAUACCAGCCUCGGUUGCACAUAGUAAAAGCAGAUGAAAAUAACGGAUUCGGAUCCAAAAACACCGCGUUCUGCACUCACAUAUUUUCCGAAACGGCCUUUAUCGCUGUGACAUCCUAUCAAAACCACAAGAUCACACAGCUUAAGAUCGAAAACAACCCAUUUGCCAAAGGGUUUCGAGGGAGCGAUGACAUGGAACUGCACAGAAUGUCCAGGUUGCAAAGUAAAGAGUACCCUGUGGUCCCCAGGAGCACAGUCAGACAGCGGACGGGCUCCAACCCGAGUCAGUUCAGUGGCGAAGUUCGAGUUCUUCCAGUCUCAAACAACCUGAGCUCCCAGUACCAGUGUGAGAAUGGGGUGUCCAGCUCAACCCAAGAGUUGCUGCCUCCUAACCCUUACUCAUUGCCACAGGAACAGAGCCAGCUCUACCACUGCACCAAGAGGAAAGUGGAAGAUGACUGCAACCCUGCAGAACAUCCUUACAAGAAGUCAUACAUAGAAAGUUCUCCAGAAGAUGACCCAUUCUACAGGUCCUCAAAUUACUCCCAGCAGCAAAGCCUGACUCCUUCCUACAGGACUGAUUCAGCUCAGCGGCAAGCCUGCAUGUACGCUGGCUCCACACCGGGCACAGACCCUGGCUCGAGCCUCGAUGAUAUCAACUGCAAUAGUUGGGCCACAGUCCCUUCCUACAGUAGCUGCACAGUGACUGCAAUGCAACCCAUGGACAGACUUCCAUACCAGCACUUCUCAGCACAUUUCACGUCAGGCCCAUUAAUGGCACGCAUGUCCGGAGUGGCCAACCACACAUCUCCACAGAUAGGAGAUACCCAUAACAUGUUUCCGCACCAAACCUCAGUCUCUCACCAAGCCAUAGUCCGGCAGUGCGGACCUCAGCCCAGCAUCCAGUCGACAACCAACCUUCAACCCUCAGACUACUUGUAUCCCCACGGUAUGUCAAGGAACCUUUCACCACAUCAGUACCACUCGGUUCAUGGGGUGGGAAUAAUUCCCGAAUGGACUGAAAACAGCUAAUUUCAAAGAAGCCCUCGGCUGAUCGAUCUGACAUACGUGAAUGUUUACGUUUGUGGAUGUUGGACUUCAGUAUUGAAAACAAAACACACGACGAUGACAACAAGAACAAGAGAAAAAAAACUGGCUAUAAUGUUCAAGUGACUAAUGCUUUAUAUAAAAGAAACGUUGCGUGGUUGAAAUAUUCAUCUCCCCCCGCGCCCCACC